CCUUGUCAGUGCUUCGCAGCGGAGCAGAGAGACACGCACAUCCUCAGAAAGUGUUUUCAUGCGCACAAACCCGAGCAGAGGAGUCUGAGCAGCAUGUUGGGCGGCGGGAGGAGCGCCGGUCCCCGGGAGACGGGCCGGCCGGCGGCCGAGAGGAGCACCGACCCCAUCAGGAGGCUCGGGCUGCUGGACAACGAGGACAUCCGGGAGAUGAUGCAGGGAACCGACAUGGUGAAAGUUCGCUCGUCGCGGUGGCAGAAGAGCCGGCACCUGCGGCUGCUGGAGGACGGGCUGACCGUGUGGUGCGAGUCCACCAAGCGCUCCCGCAAAGCCAAGUCCCAGCAGACAUUUGCGGUGACGGAGGUGGAGUGCGUGCGCGAGGGCUGCCAGUCGGAGGCGCUGCGGCGGCUGUCCGGCUCCGUCCCGGAGAACCAGUGCUUCACGGUGAUCUUCAGGGGAGCCAGGAAGAGCCUGGACCUGCUGUGCACGUCCACGGACGAGGCCCAGCGCUGGGUCCGGGGCCUCCGCUUCCUGAAGGAGCGCGUCGCCACCAUGACGCAGAAGGAGAAGCUGGACCAUUGGAUUCGUGGCUACCUGAAGCAAGCGGAUCAGAACCAGGACGGCAAGAUGAGCUACGAUGAGGUCAAGCGGCUGCUGCAGAUGAUCAACAUCGACCUGAGUGAGCAGUACGCCCGCUCUCUGUUCAAGCGGUGCGACCGGUCCGGCGACAGCCGCCUGGAUCACACGGAGAUCGAGGAGUUCUGCAGGGAGCUGCUGCGGCGACACGAGCUGGACGCCGUGUUUCGACACUAUUCCAGCAACGGCUUCACGCUCUCCACCGCCGAGCUGCGGGACUUCCUGGGAGAUCAGGGAGAAGACGCCUCGCUGGCUCACGCUCAGGCUCUCAUCCUCGCCUACGAGCUCAACGACUGGGCCAAGAAGAACCUGCUCAUGACGCAGAACGGCUUCACCAUGUACAUGCUGUCCUGGGAGAAUGACGUGUUCAACCCCGACCACGCCAAAGUCUACCAGGACAUGAGCCGGCCCAUGGCCCACUACUUCAUCUCCUCCUCGCACAACACGUACCUCACCAAGGACCAGGUGACCAGCGCCAGCAGCACGGAGCCGUACAUCAGGGCUCUGAAUCAAGGCUGCCGCUGCGUGGAGCUGGACUGCUGGGAUGGAGACAAAGGCGAACCUGUCAUUUACCACGGCCACACCCUCACCUCCAAAGUUACCUUCAAGGAAGUCAUCGAAACCAUCGCCCAGUAUGCUUUCAAGGCGUCUCCGUACCCUCUGAUUCUGUCCUUUGAGAACCACUGCUCAGUGGAGCAGCAGGAGGUCAUGGCCAAACACCUCCGCACCAUCCUGGGUAGGAAACUGCUCAGUAAACCUCUCAGUGGCCUGCCUCUGAAAGAGCUGCCUUCUCCUGAGGAGCUUAAGGGUCGUAUUCUAAUAAAGGGAAAGAAGCUUAGUCCUCACCUGGGUCAGCUGAGCAAGAACGGAAGCUCGGCCAGCUUCUCCUCGAGCUCCGACGACGAACCCGUCAGCAGCAACAAGAACACGCCCAAGAAAGAACCUGCAAAGGUCCACUCCAAACUGAGCCCAGAGCUGUCCGAGCUGGUGGUGUACUGCAGGAGCGUCCCUUUCCGCGGGUUUGAAAACACAUCUGAUCUACCGCCAAAUGAGAUGUCGUCCUUCUCUGAGAGCGAAGCCCUCAGGCUCAUCAAAGACUCAGGCAAGCUUUGUGUGAGACACAACAGCAGGCAGCUGAGCCGGAUCUACCCCGCUGGCCAGCGCCUGCAAUCAUCUAACUAUGAUCCUCAGGAAAUGUGGAACGGCGGCUGCCAGAUGGUGGCUCUGAACUUCCAGACACCCGGGGAGCAGAUGGACCUCAACCAGGGUCGCUUCCUCACCAAUGGUCGCUGCGGAUACGUCCUGAAACCCAGCUUCCUGUGCAGCCCCACGUCCAACUUUAACCCUGAGAACACGGGCGGUGGUCCCGGUCACAUCCCCACCCAGCUGACCAUACGAAUAAUAUCUGCACAGCAGCUGCCAAAAAUCAACACGGACAAAGCAAGCUCCAUCGUGGACCCACAAGUGUGGGUGGAAACUCACGGCGUGGCUAUUGAUAAUAGAAGAGAGAAAACCCACCGCAUUGAUAACAAUGGUUUCAACCCGCGGUGGGACUGCACCCUGAGCUUCCAGCUGCAGGUCCCCGAGCUGGCCCUCGUCCGCUUCGUGGUGGAGGACCACGACCACACUGCCAAAAAUGACUUUGUGGCACAGUUCACUUGCCCCUUCACGAGCCUCCGCACAGGUUAUCGGCACGUUCAUCUCCUGAAGGCGGAUGGUUCCAGCCUGUCCCCGGCUACGCUCUUCAUCCACGUAAAAGUGACCCGCAGAGGAGUUCCAGUCAAAAGUGUGGCCGAGCGCGUGGCCAUUGCCAAAGGCAAGAAGUGAAAUCCGCCCGAGCUGGUGCUUCUUUCGGCCCCUCAAGGACGCUCUCCGAGUGGCCCGUCCGUACUCAGCCACUCCCUGAUUCCUGAUGGUGU